AUGGCUUGGUCGGUCCGACUCUGCGUAGUCCUGGGGGCCCUCACGUCGGUGGCACAGGCUCAAGAAUGUCCUGGUGCUGGUACCGAUAAGGUAUCCCGUAUCAAGUUCAAAUCGUAUUCCAAUUCUCAAACUUUUGCCCUACCUGGAGACGGCGAACUCAACUUCCUGAACAACGUCGCGACCUUACAGGACUGCGCCAACCACUGUGCGGUUAACGACCUUUGCAAGGCUUCCGUCUGGAACGAAGACACCCACGAGUGUCGCCUCAUCAAAGACACCGAUGGUUGUCAAGAUGAAGAGCCUGGCCAUCACUCUCUAUGGAAGGUUGGCUUCAUCGACACGGACGAUACCUCCGGAUGUUCUCCACAAGAAAUCGACGAAAAGUGUGCUGAUAAGGCAAACAAUGCGCGCCUCGACGCUGAGAAGAAAUGCGACGCACGCAGCGACGACCUCAAGGCCGAAGUAGCACGCCUUCAGGCCGAGAACGCAGCCCUUCGCGACGCCAAGAACAAGGCAGAACGAGAUUUGGCCGAGGAGAAAAACGCCAGAGAAGAAGAUAAAAAACUCCACAACAGGCAGUGCCAAGCCAAACUCGAUGAAGAAAUCAAUAAGAGGAGGCAAGCUGUCAAGGACGCGCGAGACGAUGCCGAACGCAACUGCAGGUCCAAACAAGACAACGAUCUUCAGAGGCAGCUUGAUGAAUGUAAUUCCAGCCACAAGGUGGACAAGGCGGAGCGCGAACGUAUCGAGAGCCAAUGUGCCGAAGAUCGCAAGCGUUGCGCCGACGGCUAUGACAAGCUCAGUCAGAAAUGCGUUGACGACCUGUCCAAAGCCAACCAGAAGGUGAAGGACUGUGACAACAAGUGCAAUGACGCCAUCCGACAAAAGGAUGACCAACUCCAACAAUGCACUGAUAACCUCAAGAACGUCAAGGACCAGCAGAAACAGUCAGAGGACCAAUGCAAGGCAGACAAGGCCAACCUUCAGAAGGAAUGCGAGAACACUCGCAAUACCGACAAGACGGCUUUGGAGGCCACAUGCCAAGCUGAGAAGGAUAUCAUCAACAAGCAGUGCGCUCAUGACCUCGACUCUGCCAAGAAGCAGCAGAAACAAUGCGAGAACAAGUGUCAAGCGGAGAAGGAUGUCAUCAACAAGCAAUGCGCCCAUGAUAUUGAUGCUGCCAAGAACCAGCAGAAGCAAUCUGAGGACAAAUGCCAAGCUGAGAAGGAGGUUAUCAAGAACCAGUGCGCUCAUGACAUUGACUCUGCUAAAGACAAGCAGCAGCAACAGUCCGAGAACAAGUGCCAGGCUGAGAAGGAUGCCAUCAAGAACAAAUGCACGCAAGAUGCUGACACUGCUAAGGAGCAGCAGCAGAAGCAGUCGGAGUCUAAGUGCGAGAAGGAGAAGGAUGCAAUCAACAAACAAUGCACUCAGAAUCUUGAUGACGUCAAGAACCAGCAGCAGAAGGAACAGUCCAAGUGCCAGAAGGAGAAGGACGAUCUCGACAAGCAAUGCAGCGACAAGCUGGCUAAGGAGCAGAAGACCUCUGACGAGAAAUGCGAAAGCCAGAAGGAUGGCCUUCGCAAGGAUUGCGAGGACCGUUGCAAGGCCUCUGCGCGGGGCAAGGAUGACAUCUGCUACAACCCAGGUGGUUUCACCGCCUGGCCUAACACCCUCCCGCCCUUCAACGUCGACGAUACCAACUAUGUGUUGAAGCCCAAUACUCAUGUAAACCCAGGAAGAUUCUCACUACGUGAGGCUAGUUCACCAGCUGCCUGUGCCAGGGAGCAUUGCAACAACGCGAGCGACUGCAUUGCCAUCCGCUGGGACGUCAAUACUCCUAAUAAAUGUUAUGUCUUUAUCGACUCGCCGUACAGUCAAUUUGAGACGAGUCGCAUGAAGAACUACCCCAACUCUUACAUGAUCUUCAAGGGCGACAAGAUCUAG